AUGUUAUUACACCGAAUGCCCCUGUUCGCAUGGGCUGUGUUGGUGACAGCCGUUCUGUUGUUAUUAUCCUUACCAGUGCUUGCGGGUGGACUUUUAAUUGCGCCCGCUUUAAAUUCGGCUAUAUGCUGGGAAAACUCCAUAAUGAAUUUGAGUCAAUCAGCAGGAAACCAAUUAUCAGGGGUAUUUGGAAUCCUCAGAGACUAUACGCCGGAGCUCAUGUACUAUAUGAUGUUUUCAUUACCCUUGGUCCCAUGUAGACCAAAUUAUCAUGCAAAAUUUGCUUCUUAUUUAGCGGGUCUAAUUGAAGGAGAUGGUUCCAUAAUAACUCCUUUAACCGAAAGGGAUAAUAAGGGUAGAAUGAAAUAUCCUUCAAUUCAAAUCACUUUUAAUGCAAAAGAUGUACCAUUAGCUUUAAUCAUUCAAAAAACACUUGGGUGUGGUUCUAUAUCAAAAAAAAAAGGUUCAAGAGCCUAUACAUUGACGAUUGGUAAUUAUCAGGGUUUGAUUUUAGUAGUAAAAUCAAUUAAUGGUUUAAUGAGAACUCCUAAAAUCAAUGCAUUAUAUAGAUUAAUAGACCAUUUAAAUGCUAAAGAGGAAAAGAUUCAAAAACUCCCUUUAGAUGAUAGUCCUAUCAAUUCUAAUGGUUGGUUAUCAGGGUUCAUCGAUGCAGAUGGGCAUUUUUCAAUUAGAGCCACUGAAGCUGGUAAAUAUCCUGCCAGAGUAGAAUGUAAAUUCGAGCUUGUGGAGCGACAAUCAGAUAUAAGUGGUGGUAAUAUGUUUGGUAUCUUAUCAAAAAUAGCAGAUUUUUUAUGCUCAGUAGUAAAAGAAACAACAGUUUCUACUAAAACUCCACAGUUUAGAGUAAGAACCACUAGUGUUAAUGCGAAUUAUCAAUUAAUGAACUAUUUAACCGAUUAUCCUUUAUUUAGCAGUCAGUAUUUGGAUUAUUUAGUUUGGUCGGAUGUUGUAAAGAUGUUUAAUAAAGGUGAACAUAAAUCACAACAAGCAGGAGCAGGAGGACUUUUGAGACAGAAUGUCAUGCCUGUAAAAGGAGUAGAUCAAGCUAAAGGAGAAGAUUUUCCAGCACACAGUGAAAUUAGGAAGCUCACUAAAUCCUGA